GUGGUUUAGGGGGGUCUGUCGGCAGAGCGGGGCCACUGGAAGAAAAAGCCUGCGGACCUCGGUUCGGCUCAUGAGCAGGACCCGACAGAGAAGACUGCAAGGGUCACUGUCCGAGCAGUGACCGCGGGGGGCUCGCCACUGAGGGGGUUCGCAGCAAAGAGACUGCAGUCCCGCGGGAUCUGAGGCGCACUCGGCUUCGGGGGAGCGGCGGCCGCGCAGACGCUGUCAGGCCCCGUCUUGGGCCGAGCCCCGGGUUCCCUGCAGCAGGCUGGGGAGCGGGGAGCCGCCUUCCUGGGCCCUGGACAUGGCCGAGGCGUCCUCAGUGUCCGUGAGGUCGGGGCAGGAGUGGCGGGGGCCGCCCCGAAGCGGGUGGGAAUGAGCGGCCCGAGGUCCUGAGGUCGGGGUCCGCCCCGUCCCCCCGCUGCCAGCCCGAUUUCCUCGGAAGCCGCGCCCCCCCACGCCGGGCUGGCAAUCCUGGGCUCUGCCUGCUGCGCCUUGCCGGGGCUCCCACGGGCGGGCUCCGGGCCUCCAUCUUGACCCCUUCGAGCGGGUCGAGGAAACAAGCUCCGCGGCGGGCGCGCGGGGCACUGUGGGAAGCGCCGGGGCUCUCCAGGCGGAGGCGGGGCCCAGCGUCAAGCUCCGCCUCCGCGCCCCAUUGGCCGGCAUCACCUCCGCGCGCCUGACUGACAGCGCGCAUAGGGGCGGGGCGCCGCCACCGCUUCCGCCGGGCCAUGGGGCCGCGCGUGCUGCAGCCGCCGCUGCUGCUGCUGCUGCUACUCCUGCUCCUGCUGGCGCUGCUGCUGGCGGUGCUGCCGUGCGGUGCCGAAGAGGCCUCGCCGCCGCGCCCCGCGCAGGUCACGUCGCCGCCGCCGGCCGUGACGAACGGGAGCCAUCCGGGCGCGCCGCACAACAGCACGCACGCGCGUCCGCCGGGGGCGUCGGGCUCGGCGCUGACGCGCUCCUUCUACGUGAUCCUGGGCUUCUGUGGCCUGACCGCGCUGUACUUCCUGAUCCGGGCGUUUAGGUUGAAGAAGCCUCAGCGGAGGCGAUACGGCCUCCUCGCCAACACUGAGGACCCCACCGAGAUGGCCUCGCUGGACAGCGACGAGGAGACGGUCUUUGAAUCCCGGAAUCUGAGAUGAUGCUGAGCCAGGGAGGCCAUGAGGGAAGGACAGGAGAUGGGGCCCACCCCAGUGCCCAGCAACCCCCUGCUCCACUGCUCAUUCCCCUGCUGGCCCCGGGGCUGGUCUCACCCAGUGCCAACCCGAGAGCUCCUUUUGGAACCUGCACAGCCCGCCCGCCUGUUGUCACCUGCACCCACCGCCGGACCAUGCAGCCUCGCCUCCUGGAUGCUGCCCCAGCCUGGCGGAGGGUCCCAGGUGAAGACCGGAGGGACCCCAACAGCCACUGCCCAGGACGCUGAGGCUCCCUUGCCUGACUGUGACUUGUGCCUCUCUCCUGUCCCCGUGGGGACAUGGCAGCCCAGAGCCAAGGCUGGGUGGGCACGUGACCCAAGGAACCUUUCUGGGAACACCUUCUUGCCGGGCUGGGAACAAUAAAUGCAGCCAUGUCUCUGCA